UCACCACCGGCCGAAGCCGGGCGGGGGGCGGGGUGUCGGCGUGUCGGCGCCCCACGUCUCGCGAUCACUCCCUCAGGCUCUCGCUUUGUUUUAUUUACUUAUCUUUUUGCCUAACGACUGACGACAGGCGGCUUGUUGCACUCAGGGAUCCUUGAAGUGGCCUGGCCUGAGAGUGAGACCCCAGUCCUAGGCUGGGGUUCUUUCCAAAUAGAGGAAACGGAUCCAGAGGGGCUACAGACCAAAAUUGUUGAGAACCAGACAUACGAUGAGCGUCUAGAGAUUAACGACUCAGAAGAGGUUGCCAGUAUUAGCACCCCUACCCCAGGACAUCAAGGCCCUCCUUUUUCUGCCGUUCUUCCCAACAAGACGAUGGCUGAUAACAGCAGCGAUGAGUACGAGGAGGACAACAAGGGAAGGAGACUGUGGACAAACCAGAUACACCAUGAAGGAGUUAUCGCAGAGCAAGAGAAGAAGAAGCCCUCCCAGCUGACACCCCAGCAGGGCUUCAGUGAGAAUGAUGAUGAUGACGACGAUGACUCCUCUGAGACCGACUCUGAUGAUGACGAUGAUGACGAGGAGCACGGAGCGCCUCUGGAAGGGGCUUACGACCCCGCAGACUAUGAGCAUCUGCCCGUCUCAGCUGAGAUCAAGGAACUCUUUGAGUACAUCAGCCGGUACACACCUCAGUUGAUUGAUCUGGACCACAAACUGAAACCUUUCAUUCCUGAUUUUAUCCCAGCUGUUGGGGAUAUCGAUGCAUUUUUAAAGGUGCCGCGUCCUGACGGAAAGCCUGACCACCUGGGCCUCUUGGUGUUAGAUGAACCGUCUACAAAGCAGUCGGACCCUACUGUGCUUUCGCUGUGGUUAACAGAGAAUUCCAAGCAGCAUAAUAUUACGCAACACAUGAAAGUCAAGAGCCUAGAGGACGCAGAGAAGAACCCCAAAGCCAUCGACACCUGGAUCGAGAGCAUCUCGGAGUUACACCGUUCCAAGCCUCCUGCGACUGUGCACUACACCAGGCCCAUGCCUGACAUUGACACUCUGAUGCAGGAGUGGUCCCCGGAGUUUGAAGAGCUCCUGGGAAAGGUGAGUCUGCCCACUGUCGAGAUCGAUUGCAGCCUGGCUGAGUACAUUGACAUGAUCUGUGCUCUCCUGGACAUCCCUUUCUACAAGAGCCGCAUUCAGUCCCUCCACCUGCUCUUCUCCCUCUACUCAGAGUUCAAGAACUCCCAGCAUUUUAAAGCUCUUGCUGAAGGCAAGAAAGCAUUCAGCCCUCCACCCAACUGUGCCUCCCAGGCUGGGGAUGCAGAGACGCUGACUUUCAUCUGAGCUCCUCCUGGCGCUGUGCUUCAAAGUCAGAUGAAGACAUGGUCUCUGUUGGCAGCUUAACAUCUCCCUGCUCCACAGCUGGGCCCUGGCAACAUGAGUCCUGCUGCCUCAUCCUCUAGAGCAGGGCACUCCUGGGUUACCCCUGCCUCUGUUGCCUGUCCCGAGGAAGGAUGUGUCCACACUGCUGUAGGCCUCUGAGUUGGAAGAACUGGAACUCUGAGAGCCCCAGGACACAGGUUGGGGGAGGAACUUCCAAAGGCACACAGACUAUUCUGUCAGGUUAUGAUGGAAUACAUAUUGGUUUUCAAACGCC